GUGGAAGAAUUUUUCGAACUGCACGGGACUAACAAUAAAUAUUAUUUGAGUUUAUACUUAAAUUAUUUGAGGGUGAAAAAUAUCUCGGUGGCAUCAUCACCGAAACUUUUGAGAUCUUGGCUUAUAAAACAAUACUCAAUAGAUUGAGUUAUCUUCAAGAAUUAAUCCUCUCAAAAACCUGCCCCUCGUAUAAGUUCGACGUCUGUUUUUCUUUCUGAUUUUGAUAAAUGAAAAAAAAACCCACACAUCCAAAUCACAAGAUUUUUCUAAUCAAAGUAUCAUGAUCAUAACAAAACAUAUUACCUUACUCAUCCAAUCAGAUGAUCCCCCCAUAUGAUUAUUUAAAUUACCACCACAAGAAAAACAAACCAUAUUAAGGGAUAUCCUUUUUUCUAUAAAAAAAACAAAUAUCCCUCCUCCUUCCAAGCCAUUCUUCUCAUCAUGCAUAUUUAUAGUUAAAGCACUUAACCCCACCAAUAUAAAUAACCUUUCGCCCUCUCCUCUCCCUCUCUUUUCUCCUCUCAAACCAAAACCAAACACAAAACAAAAACAGCAAGAAACAAAACAAACCAUCCUCCUCCUCCUCCUCCUCCUCCAUGGAUUUGUCACAGCUCUCGCCUCGACGACCAAUGAGAAGCGUCCUCCUCAACUCCCUUCUUGCUUUUCACCAGGAGCAGGAGGAAAUACGGCGACAAAGCCCACACGGCCACAUGAGGAACUGCAGCUUGGCCUCUGACGAUGAAGACGAGGAGGUCGUCCCGUGGGGAGAGGAGGAAGAAGGGUCCAUGGAGCUGGUUCAGCUAGGCGCAGAACUGAGGCCCAAGAAUGUGUUGAUCUUGAUGAGCGACACGGGCGGAGGUCACAGGGCUUCGGCUGAGGCCAUUAGAGAUGCUUUUAAGCUUGAGUUUGGAGAUAGGUACAGGGUGUUUGUGAAGGAUUUAUGCAAGGAAUAUGCAGGGUGGCCUCUAAACAACAUGGAGAGCUCCUACAAGUUCAUGGUGAAGCAUGUCCAGCUCUGGAGGGUCGCCUUUCACAGCACCUCCCCUCGCUGGGUUCACUGCGCCUAUCUCGCUCCCUUCUUUUCGAAGAAACCCCAAAUCGUGGAGGCAGGCUUCAUGAAGUACAAGCCAGACAUAAUCAUAAGCGUCCAUCCCCUCAUGCAACAUAUCCCUCUGUGGGUGCUCAAAUGGCAAAACCUUCAGAACAGGGUCAUCUUUGCCACUGUCAUCACUGAUCUCAAUACUUGCCACCCUACAUGGUUUCACACUGGGGUGGAUAGAUGUUACUGCCCCUCUGACGAAGUGUCGAAAAGGGCUUCACUUGACGGUCUCGAGUCUUCUCAGGUUCGAGUUUUCGGUUUGCCUAUUAGGCCUUCAUUCUGUCGAGCGGUUCUCAACAAGGAUGAUCUGAGAAAAGAAUUGGAGAUGGACCCGAAUCUGCCUGCAGUUUUGCUUAUGGGAGGGGGCGAAGGGAUGGGACCCGUUAGAAAAACAGCGAAAGCCCUAGGAGACGCGCUGUUCGAUAGAGAGCUCAGAAGACCUAUAGGUCAGAUUGUUAUCAUCUGUGGACGUAAUAAAAAGUUAGGCUCGACAUUGGGUGGGUAUGAGUGGAAGGUGCCCGUAAAGAUAAGAGGAUUUGAAACUCAGAUGGAGAAAUGGAUGGGAGCCUGUGAUUGCAUUAUAACGAAGGCGGGUCCUGGUACCAUUGCUGAGGCUCUGAUAAGGGGGCUUCCAAUUAUCCUAAAUGACUUCAUCCCGGGACAGGAAGUUGGAAAUGUCCCUUACGUAGUAAGCAAUGGAGCUGGAAUAUACUCAAAAAGCCCAAAAGAAACAGCUAAUCACGUGGCGAAAUGGUUUGGUCCUGAGAAGGAAGAGCUGAAGAGGUUAUCAGAGAACGCGCUAAAACUGGCUCAGCCUGAUGCAGUGUUUGAUAUCGUCAAGGAUAUCAAUGAACUAGCGCGCGAGCGAGGACCGAUGGCCCAAAUCUCCUACUCGCUGACUUCAUCGUUCUAUAACCGAUAACUUUUUUAAGUUUCCUUAAGUUAGAGAAGCUUGGAAGUGUACAGAUAUGGAUCACAUUCUCUGAGCCUUAAGUGACUUCUUACCUAGUAACAUCCUUCACAGAUCUUUAGGUGUAGGGCGAUGGAAGUUUGAUGAUAUGUUGUUGCUUUGAGUGUCCCAGUUGUAGUUGUCCUCUUUGUUUAACAGGGUCAUUAUGUUCACCAGCAUUCUGUUGAAUGUGGUGAUCACAUGUAAACAGUUACUCCUUAGUA